ACUUCAGCUCAGUAGGUGGCGGUAAUGCGCCUAAACGAUAGGCUGCCAGCCGCCAAUAAACCAACAGAAGAAGAAGAACCAGGAUUCGGGAUCAGGAAAGGAAAAGCAGUUUUUGACGGCUGGUCGAGGAAUAUAAGCAAACACCAAAAUAAACAGAGCUCUACACUUGAGGCAGCAUCACUCUCUGGCAGACAUGUCUUACGACAAAGCAGAGAGCUACCGCCCCGUCCUCCGGGACUUCAACACCCUCAUCCAGACAUGCAGCUCCAACAUCCAGAAGAUCACACAGAACAGACAGUGUUGCAGGAUUUCCAUACACACAUAUGUUCCUCUGUUAAAAGAGUGUGUGUUGUUCUCCUGACAGCUGCUCAGAUCAAGAGCAUAGUGAGCCAGCUGGGGACGAGUCAGGACUCCAGUCAGCUGCAGGACCGACUGCAGCAGAUACAGCAUUACACCAACCAGCUGGCGAAAGAAACCAACAAGCACCUGAAAGAGUUGGGGUCCAUCCCUCUGCCCACAUCCCCCUCAGAGCAGAGGCAGCAGAAGAUCCAGAGGGACCGGCUGAUGAACGACUUCUCAGCUGCUCUCAACAACUUCCAGGCGGUGCAGCGGAGCGCGGCGGAGAAGGAAAAGGAGUCUGUGGCUCGGGCCAGAGCCGGGUCCCGCCUGUCGGCUGAAGACACUUCUCGGGAUGAGAGGCUCGUUUCCUUUGAUAACCAGGAGGACUGGGGUCAGAUGACCACCCAGACAGAGGAGGCGCCUAUUACAGAAGAGGACCUGGAGCUCAUCAAGGAUAGAGAAACCAACAUCAGACAGCUGGAGUCGGACAUUUUGGAUGUAAACCAGAUCUUUAAGGACCUGGCAGUGAUGAUCCACGAUCAGGGAGAGAUGAUUGAUAGCAUCGAGGCGAAUGUGGAGAAUGCUGAAGUUCAUGUGGAGCGAGGAACAGAGCAGCUGCAGAGAGCCGCCUACUACCAGCAAAAGUCCCGGAAGAGGAUGUGUAUCAUUGCCAUGGUUUGCUCCAUAGUGCUCGUCAUACUUGCCAUCAUUAUCUGGCAAGCUGCUAAGUGAGUUGAUUCUGCACAACCGAUGUGUCACUUCUGUCACUUCCUCCCACUUGCAAGUCCCUGCUCGGCAUCAUGAGAAUAGGAAGAGGCUGAGAACAUCACCGAGGAUUAGGUCUGUGCAGAUGGGUGGUCCAAAGCAUCUGAACUGAUCACGCCUGUUUUUAUAAAAUGUUAUAACGAAAAAACCUCCUAUUUAAACUGACAUAAAGGACUGAGGUGAUGGAGGGGAGCGAUCAUUCAUUUCUUAUUUACUGCACUAACAUUAGCUCUCACUGUAUUUAAAAAAAGUAUCUUAUUGUCAAUGAAAGGAAACAACUUGUUAAAGUGGAUUCAUGUGUUGUUUUAAGCGGUGUAACUUUGUUUCUUAUGAUGUAAAGUGUGUGAGUGCCUGGCAUCCCCUGUAGCAUUACACAGGACCUGUAUGACUCCUGGUGGUGACGUCUGUAAUAUACAUGUUGUAAAGCUCUAACAGAUGAUCAAUAUCAAUCUAAUCCAUGUCUGUAAAUACUACAAAGCGCUGCAUUAUAUUCUAAGUACACUAUGGAUCAUAAAUAAUGACAGUAUCUCAACAAUGAAAGUCACGUCUUCAAACAACACAUUUUUAGAUUGAUUUCUAUGACUCUUGACAGUAUGCAUAAUAAAUGUCUUAAACACGU